UAAGAAGAAAACAACAAAAUGAGCGGCAGAGGAAAAGGAGGCAAAGGACUCGGUAAAGGAGGCGCCAAGCGUCACCGUAAAGUUCUCCGUGAUAACAUCCAGGGAAUCACCAAGCCCGCUAUCCGCCGUCUGGCUCGCCGCGGGGGAGUCAAGCGGAUCUCCGGUCUCAUCUACGAGGAGACCCGCGGUGUGCUCAAGGUCUUCCUGGAGAACGUCAUCCGUGACGCCGUCACCUACACCGAGCACGCCAAGAGGAAGACCGUCACCGCCAUGGACGUGGUGUACGCUCUCAAGAGGCAGGGCCGCACUCUGUACGGCUUCGGGGGUUAAACCGACAACUCUGUUUGCUCACUAAAACAAAAGGCCCUUUUCAGGGCCACCUACUUAUCUGUUAAUGAGCUCAUAUUCCUGUGAAGUUUGUCAUUGUAAAUGUAGUAAUAUAAGACAAACUCUUACACUCUAAAUAAGUGCAAUAAAGUUGACUUUUCGUGUAAAUAACAUUUUCUACAAUCAUGACUCUUAAAACAGUUCCAAACCAUAAAAGUGUUGUAUGGUACCUCAUCUAAUAUUAGUGUUAAGGAAAUGGCUAAUAAAUGCAAAGUAUCACU